AUGCGGUCUUCAAUCAUCAACGCCCUUGCCUUUGCAGUCGGUGUCCAAGCACAUGGCUAUCUUUCCAUGCCAAUGAGUCGAACAGGACUCAACGCACAGUCUGGCGCGGACACCUGUCCAGAGUGUACCAUCCUAGAGCCCGUGACGGCAUGGCCCGACCUCUCCGCAGCAAAAGUAGGCCGCAGCGGCCCCUGUGGCUACAAUGCCCGCGUAAGCGUCGACUACAACCAGCCCGGUCCACGCUGGGGCUCUGCUCCCGUUAUAACUUACAAGUCCGGCGACGUCGUCGAUGUGCAAUGGUGUCUCGACGCCAACGGCGACCACGGCGGGAUGUUCUCCUACCGCAUCUGCCAGGACCAAAGCAUCGUCGACAAGUUUCUUAACCCUGCGUACCUCCCUAGUGAAGCAGAGAAGCAGGCAGCCGAGGAUUGCUUCGUGCGUGGUACUCUGCCUUGCACAGACGUCACUGGACAAUCGUGCGGAUAUAGUCCUGAUUGCUCGCCGGGGCAGGCGUGCUGGCGUAACGACUGGUUUACAUGCAAGGCAUUCGCAGAUACGAAGUGCCGGGGUGUGGAUAAUGCGCCAUUGAACUCUUGCUACACCAGCAUCGCAGGCGGCUACACGGUCAGUUCGAAGAUCAAGGUGCCGAACUAUACAUCCAACCACACACUGUUGUCAUUCAAGUGGAAUUCCUUCCAGACACCACAGAUCUACCUCACCUGUGCUGAUAUUAAAAUCACCGGAUCUGGUACAACUCCAACGCCACCCAAGUCCUCCACCACUUCCGUUCCAACUUCAACAAAACCCACGUCCACAGCCUCGCCGAUAGGAUGCGCAACCCCUGUGCCUACUGUGGCUGUGAAAUUCGAGUCCAAAACUACAACCUCUUUUGGUCAGACUGUCAAGAUCGUGGGCUCGAUUGCGGCACUGGGCUCCUGGAAUACUGCCUCUGCACCAGUACUGUCUGCAGACCAGUACACAACAUCAAACCCGCUAUGGUCGACCACGAUCAAUCUGCCAGCUGGAACUAGCUUCGAGUAUAAGUUCAUCAAGGUGGAAAGCAGUGGAGCUGUCACGUAUGAGUCGGGCGCGAAUAGACAGUACACCGUUCCCAAGAUUUGUGCAAGUGGUGCGACAGUAAGUACAUCAUGGAAGUAA